AUGCUGCCAUCGUGGGUCCUCGGCGGCGACCGCUCGUUCCGGCGGCUCGCGCUCUUCUACGCCUACAGCCUCCCGACGCUGCCGCUGCUGAGCUUCGUGGGCUUGUACCUCUGGCUUUUCUGGCUCGCCUUCUCGUUCGUGCUGCAGCUCAUGGUCGCGCCGUUCGAGCGCACCGCCGGCUUUCGCGCCUUCUGGCGCGCCUUCUUACGCGAGAACGUCACGUCCGGCUUCCUCGAGUGGCUCUGCCGCUGGGAGAUCCGCGCUCGGAACAUCUACGCGCCCAAGCUGUACCUCGAGCCGACGCGCGACGUAGUCUUGGAGCCUUACCUUCUCCGCGUCGCCAUCUACUUUGUCGUGUGGAAGUUCAUCGAGCUCUGCAUCUGCGCCGGCCUCGUCAUCUCAUGCACCUUCUUCUUUACGCAGGCGCGGCUCAGCGGUAAUAUGCACAUCGUUGGCAUCGUCUACAUCCUCGUCGUCCUACCCGUCGCCUUGCGCCUCCUCGCGUUCGCCAAGGUCUGCUGCAGUACGUACUGCCUCACGCCUGUCUUCAUGCCCGACUUUGCCUACAUUGCACUCUUUGAUGAAGGCAUGCUCGAGGUCGUCAAGGACCGCGCACGCCGGCGGGUUACCCCAGCGAGCGACCGCGUCGACGGGCUCUCGGUCGUCGCGCCGUCCGACGGGGACAACGCGUACUACUGCAUUCCAGUGCCCACCAAGUAUGCCAAGAAGGGCCCGGAUGCGAUGAUCCCGAUGCUCGAGCACUCGGCCGAAAGCCUCGCUCUGCAUGACGAAACUCUGCCUCUGCCAGCAUCGGUGGCAAUGCGGCCGCCGGCCUCAGAGGCGGUGCGCGACUCGGAUGUGUCCGAGAGUCUGUUGCCACAUGCGCCGACCCGUGUCAUCUAUGUCACGGAAGCUCUGCAGGCGCCAGUUCCAACCUACGAUGCGUUCAACGCGUCUUAUGCAGACUCUCGACCUCCCGAUUGA